AUGAAAGGGGUCUCCGAAGCCGUGGCUAGAUCGCUCGCGCCGCUCGAAAUAGGUGUUGCCCACAGACCCGACUCCACAGUCCGCGGGCAAGUGAUGCGGCCUAAAGACCCGAUCCCUAAGGAGGAGAUGUCGGCUGUUGUCUACCGACUUCAGUACAACUGCGGGAAGUGCGACUACAUUGAGGAGACCGGUCGACGGCUACAAACUCGAAUGCACGAACAUAAGUUGGCCAAGCGAAUGUUGGACCCAACGUCGGAGGCAACAACCCACGCCCCACAGAUGGGACACAUCUUCAACUUUGAGGCCGUUGAGACUGUGGGCCGGGGCAAACAGGUGCAAGACGCCUGGAUGUCUAUCGACUGCUCUGUUAACCACCAUAUCAAAUAG